AUGACUAUGGAGGGCGAAUCAACAAUCGUGAAGGCGUUCUUGCCCACGAUACCGCUUCCUACAAAUGACAACCGUUCGCCAAUAAUAACCGAUCGCUUGCUCCUUCGCGCUCUCCGAGCAAGCGACCUAGAAGCGUUACACGUCUUGCGAACCCAAGAAGAAGUCAUGAAGUGGACUAGUGCUGGCUGUAUUGAUGACAGCAUUGAGCAGACUAAAUCCAAACUGGAUCCAUUCCUAGCACCAAACGAUGUGCGGACUGCCAACUGCGCCAUCUGUCUAAAGAACACGGGGGAACUCAUCGGUAUUGGUGGCUGCCACCUUUAUCCUGGAAGCCAUGGGUGGCCUGAAGUUGGCUAUAUGCUUCGCACGGACGCUUGGGGGAAAGGUAUCGCGACAGAAUUUUUGACCGCGUGGCUGAAGUUUUGGUCGGAUUUGCCUCGAACAGAGCGGGAAGUCAGAGUUCAGAAAGAAAUGGUCAUCGGGGAAAACGCAGUAGACGAGCACCUUAUCGCCCUCACCGAAGCAAGCAAUGCCGCAAGCCAGAAUGUGCUGCUGAAAUGCGGAUUCGAGCAAUUUCGUGAGUUUGAUGAGGUGGAUGGCACCAAGGUCGUCAAACUGGUAGCAUUCCGCUUUCUUCCAAAGAAGCGGUGCUGA